AUGAAGAUGGAGGGGACUCAAUCGCUGAAACUCGAAACAGACAACCUCGAUGUAGCGAAUCGGCUCAAGGAUGAGUACAAUAAGCAGUUGAAAAAGAACCAACAAAUGAUCAAGGAAUACCAGCAUGAUAGUGAAGAGGCUCGACAGAUGAAGGAAGAAAUUGCAUCGCAGCUGAGGGAUAUCGAGCGACGACUGAGGUAUUCUUGCAGUUAA